AUGCGUCUGAAGAUCAGGCCACUCAGCCUUCUCACUCGUACACCGUCCGCCCCGAGGAAAUCCAUGACGACCAUGGGCCGGCUCUGCGUCAUUCACCAGCUGCGCGAUCCCAACGCACACUUCAACGCUAUUUUUAGUGAGUCUUACGUGCGCAGUUGGCUCAUGGACAAUGAGAGGAAGUUGAUGCAGACAGUUCAGCAAAGAGGAGAGCCUUUUGAAAGGAAGUGA